AUGGCCCCUAGCAAGAGACUCGCUCGUGGCCUAUGGCAGGGUGUGGGCAGAUCCUCCUGCAGCAGCGCUGAGGCUCCGGGUGCAUAUUCCUGGCACAGGUGCCCAGUGUUGGGGAGGGUGCACAGCCAGGUGGAGAUCCGGGGCCUUGUUGCUGCCCAGUGUGGUCCAGGCCUCACGCUCCUGUGUGCUAGCUUGUUGCUCGUGGAGGCCCCAGCCACGUGGCUUUGCUUUGCUGGACUUGUUAUAGGCCAAACUGAAGUGGACAUUAUGAGUCAUGCUACACAGGCCAUUUUUGAGAUACUGGAAAAGUCCUGGAUGCCACAGAAUUGUACACUGGUUGACAUGAAGAUUGAAUUUGGUGUUGAUGUAACCACCAAAGAAAUUGUUCUUGCUGAUGUCAUUGAUAAUGAUUCAUGGAGACUUUGGCCAUCAGGAGAUCGAAGCCAGCAAAAAGACAAACAGUCAUACCGUGAUCUCAAAGAAGUUACUCCUGAAGGGCUCCAAAUGGUCAAGAAAAAUUUUGAGUGGGUUGCAGAAAGAGUAGAGUUGCUUCUAAAAUCAGAAAGUCAGUGCAGGGUUGUAGUAUUGAUGGGCUCAACUUCUGAUCUUGGUCACUGUGAAAAAAUCAGGAAGGCAUGUGGAAAUCUUGGCAUUCCAUGUGAACUUCGAGUAACAUCUGCUCACAAAGGACCAGAUGAAACUCUGAGAAUUAAAGCUCAGUAUGAAGGGGAUGGCAUUCCUACGGUAUUUGUGGCAGUGGCAGGGAGAAGCAAUGGAUUAGGACCAGUGCUGUCUGGUAACACUGCAUAUCCUGUUAUCAGCUGCCCUCCUCUCACUCCUGACUGGGGAGCUCAGGAUGUGUGGUCUUCUCUUCGACUGCCCAGUGGUCUUGGCUGCUCGACAGUACUUUCUCCAGAAGGAUCAGCUCAGUUUGCUGCUCAAAUAUUCGGAUUGAACAAUCAUUUGGUAUGGGCCAGACUGCGAGCAAGUAUAUUGAACACAUGGAUUUCCUUAAAGCAGGCUGACCAAAAAAUCAGAGAAGGCAAUCUAUAAAAGUGAACACUACUGCAUUUUGCAUUGCAAAUUUUAAGAGUAAAACAAAAUUUCUAAUUUAGCUAAAGAAGAAAAAUCAAGAUAUAAAGGUGGUUCUAAGUCAGAAAAUAAAUGUUAGUGAAUGAAUGCUUUUUAAAACAUGGUAUAAAAAGCUCCCUGGAUUAAUAAACUACAUAUUUAUCACUAUUUCUUUAUAAAAGUGAAUUACUAUACAGACAUGUUAAUUAGUUCCUAUCUAAAACUGAAUAUUGGGUAACAAUUUAAAACACUUCUUAAAUGCUAAUAACCAUCAAGUACUAAAAUUAAUACUUAAACUAGCUAAACCUAUGAAUUUAUUAUAUGUAAAG